CAGCUGCUCUGCCUUCUGCCCCUCGACGUGACCAGUUUUGCCUGCCUGUGGCCCCUUCCCCUGUCUCCGGCACGAUGCCCCCCAAAAAACCUGAGCCGAAAAAAGCUGAGCCCAAAAAGGAAGAACCCAAGCCCGCCCCGAAACCGGCUCCUCCACCUGAGCCAGAGCGCAAAGAAGUGGAGUUUAAUCCAGCCAGCAUCAAAUUGGAAUUCAAUCAUGAUCAAAUUGAAGAAUUCAGGGAGGUUUUUGAACUCUUCGACCGGACUCCAAAGGGUGAAUUGAAAAUCACUUACGGGCAAUGCGGGGACGUCUUGAGGUCCUGUGGGCAGAAUCCCACCCAGGCAGAAGUCCAUAAAGUCCUUGGACGCCCAAAACCAGACGAAAUGAACAGCAAGAUGCUGGACUUCGACACGUUCCUGCCCAUGCUCCAGCACAUCGCCAAGACCAAAGACACGGGGACAUUUGAGGACUUCGUGGAAGGUCUGCGUGUCUUUGAUAAAGAAGGAAAUGGCACUGUGAUGGGAGCCGAACUCCGCCACGUCUUGGCAACCCUUGGAGAAAGAUUAACCGAGGAAGAAGUUGAUAAAUUGAUGGCCGGCCAAGAAGACUCCAACGGGUGUAUCAAUUAUGAAGCCUUUGUGAAACACAUCAUGGCAAGUUAAAAUGGCAGGAUUGUUUACUUCCUUACGGGACGGAGGUUUUGGAUGUCUUCGGAUGGACUUCUGUCCUUCUGGAACUCCGCCUAGUUACUCCUCACUCCAACCCUACUAUUUUUUCCUGUCCUUCCCGCCUGACUCCUCUGCGGCCAUCAACUUGCAAAUUGUAUCUCCCCAGCCUCUGAAGAAGGCUUCCACUACUCCUCGUAGGGACCUUGCAACAUCUAAGUUCUCUGCAGGACGCAAUUCGCAACUACUACCUGUAGUAGUGAAUGAGUUGUUUACUACUCUGAAAAUUGGUCCUUGAAACGAUUAAAAGUGCUGAAUAUGA